AUGGGAAGCGAGACUCCCCAGGGGGCUCACCUGCUCCUGCCGUCCCUUGCAGAGUGUCCCCGCCUCUUUUGGGGCCCGGAUUGCAAGGAGCUAUGCAGCUGCUACCCCAACGGGCAGUGUGAGGACGUGACGGGCCAGUGCACAUGCAACGCCAACCGCUGGGGCCCGCGAUGCGAGAAUGUCUGCUUGUGCAAGCACGGCAAGUGUGACCAGAAGACGGGCAAGUGCUCCUGCGAGCCGAACUGGUGGGGACCCCAGUGUGCCAGCGCCUGCUACUGCAGCCUCAACUCGCAGUGUGACCAGAAGACAGGCCUCUGCCUCUGCCAGCCGGGCUGGUGGGGGCGCACCUGCAACAACCAGUGCGCCUGCAGCACCUCACCCUGCGAGCAGUUCACGGGCCGCUGCCAGUGCCGCAGCCGCACCUUUGGUCCCCGUUGCGACCGUUACUGCCAGUGUCACAUGGGGAAGUGCAACCAGGUGGACGGGACCUGCACCUGUGAGCCAGGCUACCGGGGCAAGUUCUGCCGUGAGGCCUGUCCGGCUGGCUUCUACGGACAAGGCUGCAGGCGACGGUGCGGUCAGUGUAAGGAGCUGCAGCCGUGUACAAUUGUGGAUGGCCGUUGCCUGGCCUGCGAAGUUGGUUGGAAUGGCACCAAGUGUGACCAGAUCUGCUCCCUGGGCUUUUAUGGAGAGGGCUGUGAGCAGAUCUGCCCUCCCUGUAAGGAUGGCCACACCUGCAACCAUAUCAACGGGAAGUGUUCCCACUGCAAUCCAGGCUGGAUUGGAGACAGGUGCCAGACCAAAUGCCGCAACGGGACGUAUGGUGAGAACUGUGCCUUCGUCUGCAGCAGCUGUUUUAACGGGGAGUGCCACUUUGAGACUGGGAGGUGCCUCUGCCAGGCCGGGUUCCACGGGACAUUCUGCAACCUGACCUGUCCGACUGGCCAUUAUGGUGCAAACUGCACUGAGCUGUGCAACUGCCAUGAUGACACCUGCAACCCCUUCACCGGCAUGUGCCACAUGGAGGCCAAUCAGCGGAUGGGGCUCAUUGGUGCCGGAGUCCUCCUGACGUUUCUGCUCUGCCUCGUCCUCUCGCUGUUGUCCUGCUGUUGCAUUUGUCGAAAAAAGGAUCAGGCACGGGACAUUCGCCAGGACUUGGCUCAUAAAAAAUCUUCAAGGCGCCUUUGUGGACAGUUCAGCCAAAUCAGCUUGAAGCUGCCCCGGAUCCCCCUUCGCCGUCAGAAGUUGCCAAAAGUUGUAGUGGCUCAUCAUGACUUGGAGAACACCCUGAACUGCAGCUUCAUUGAACCUCCUUCUGUGGUCGAUCAGCCAUCACCCUCCUGGUCAUCCAGGGGCUCCUUCUCUUCCUUCGACACCACAGACGAAGGACCCGUCUACUGCGUGCCCCAUGAAGAGAGCGACCACAAGGAGCGCGUCUCGGCCCCGAGCAGCACCCUGGAGAAGGCGCCGCAGCCUCUGCGCAAGGGGCCGGCGGUGGCGGCGGAGGAGGAGGAGGCGGGCGAGUACACCGUCUUGAAGGAGGGCCCGGCGGACGGCUGCGAGGCGCCCCUGCUCAAGUCCUCGGACAGCGAGCGCUCCUCCUGCGGCUCGGGCUCCGUCAGCGGCGCCCUAUACGCCCGCAUCGCGCGCCUCUCCAAGCAGUCCCGGGAGGAGGAAGAGGCCCCCGCGGCGGAGCCCAGGCCGCCCAAGCCGCCCUCCCCAGAGCGGGCCAAGCCGCCCCCGCCGGACCCCUCCACUAAGCCCAAAGUCUCCUGGAUCCACCACAAGUACAACGCGGCCCAGAGCAACUCCCUGCCGGCCGCCGCCGAGCUGCAGGCGGAGCGCCGGCCCGGCCCCUCCAAGCGGAAGCGGAGCCCCGGCGAGGCCGCGCGGGCCAAGGAGAGGGCCCCCAAGCCCCCGCAGGAGCCCGGCAGCCCCGAGGGCCAGCCCGGCCUCGCUCAGGCCAGGCAGCGCAGCCGGACCGGACCGGAGCCCGCCGAGAACCUCAACGGUUCCCUGCACUCCGCGCUCAAGAGGAUGGGGGCCCCGGCGGCGGCGGAGAGGCGGCCGGCCGAGGCGCUCCGGAGCCCCGCGCAGCCCAAAGCGCCGCCCGGCUUCUCCGAGGCCGCCACGCUGCUGGCCGCGCAGCUGAAGGAAAAGACACAGAGCCUUCAGCGGGGCGAGACGGCCGCGCGGCCCAACGGCGUGAGCCCUCUGCCGGCCCAGCGGGAGAAGCCGGCGCCCCCGCAUAAGGCCAAGCAGUCGGCCGCCCCCGCCGGGCAAAAGGCCGGCAAGCCGUUGCUGCCCACCUCCGCCCCGCUGCAGAAACUGCUGGGGCCCGAGGCCAAGAGCGCGGAGAAGCAGAGCGCCGGCGGCAGCCCCGAGGCGACCCCCGCGCCCGGAGAGCCCGCGGCCAAGAAGACGCCCAUCAAGAAGCCGCCGCGCAAGAAGGGCCGCGAGGGGGCCGCGGAGCCGCCCAAGGCAGCCGCCAGCUCCCCGCAGACUGUACAGUAG